AUUUAAAGAAUUACGACUGAGAGCAGAAGGAAGUGCAGUACUGACGAAGUAUCUGUUCACACACAGAUGUUGCUUUUGGACGCACCAUCUUUGCCUUUAUCCCUGCGGUCGCGGCGGCGGCACUAGGACCACGCGGGGAGGCGCAACAUCGCGCCUCGGUUAUUGGGCUUGCACGACCUCAGUUUUGCCUUUGCACUACACCAUUCAACGGAGGGCAACACAAACCUUCACAGUGGAGAUGGGAGUAAACCUGGAGACUGGGUUACCCUGUGAACUUCCAGGAGAAGAACCUGUGAUUUGGAUUUAAACGCGCCUUGGUCAUUAUUAACGCAGCUUGAAGGUUGCAUAAGCCAUGGUGCCUAAUCGGAGAUUGGGUCUGGCCCAUCCUUGCUGUAUUGGCCUGCUGUUCCUACUCCUCCUGCCCAGCUCGGUUUCAGUGAGAGAACCUCGCCAUCAGUCCCACAUCCACCUCCCCUCGCUGAUACCUCACGCCACCCUGCCACUGUCCCGCUCCCGCUUCAGCGCCAAAGCUCAGCUGGACCUCACUACCCACUGCAACGAGAGCUGCUUCCACAAAGGAGAAGACACCGAUAAAGAGCACCUAGCUUUCGAAACUCUUUAUGCAGACGGCUCGCGAACUUUAACCACUGUUGACCUGGAAGAAAACGACACUGAACUUCCUGUCAGGCGGCCCAAAGUAACCACUCCCAGACGCAAGCGGCUAAAGCGCCAGAUUUACGGUUCAGACGGGCGCUUUAACAUCCGCGGUGACCACUUCCUUCUGGACUACCCGUUCUCCACAGCCGUCCGCAUCUCCACCGGCUGCACUGGAGUUCUGGUGUCCCAGCAGCACGUCCUGACCGCAGCCCACUGCGUGCAUGAUGGGAAGGAUUACGUCAAGGGAGCGAGGAAGCUCAGGGUGGGCUUUUUAAUCCCUCCGUCUGUUAACGGUACAAGACCGGGUCAGGCUCCCGUGAAGAAACCCUUGGUGCGCUGGGUGAGAGUUAAACGCACACGGGUUCCUAAAGGCUGGAUUCAAGGCCCUCAAGACGUCAGCAUGGAUUUUGACUACGCACUUCUAGAGUUGCGCUGGCCUCACCGGCGUCCCUUCAUGCGGCUGGCUGUGGCACCCUCCUCAGACAGUUUGGCUGGUAAACGCAUCCACUUCUCUGGAUUUGACAGUGACCGGCCUGGGGAACUGGUGUACCGCUUUUGUCCUGUGGAGGACGAGUCCAACGAUUUGAUCUACCAGCACUGUGACGCCCGCCCUGGAGCGAGCGGCUCUGGUGUUUACGGACGCGUGUGGGACGAUACAUUAGAGCGCUGGGAGCGCAAGGUCAUUGGGAUCUUCUCGGGCCACCAGUGGCUGGAAAUCAACGGCGAGAAUCGCGAUUACAACGUGGCUGUUCGCUUCACUCCGCUGAAGUUUGCUCAGAUCUGUUACUGGGUUCAUGGAAAUGAGGUGGACUGCAGUCAGGACUGAAAAUAUGACGCAGAGAAAUGGGACAAUAUCAAAUCAUUGGCGAAAAUAUGAUGUGCCUGAUGCUGGAAACUGCACUUUACAGUCCUUUUACGGGUGUGGCUACUGAAUCUGGGAAUAAAGAAGGUCCAUGGUUGGAGGAUAGCUACCCGCACAGGCUUCGAUCACUCACAUGGGUUGAGCUGGAACUUUGUUUAACCACUACCUUUAGUUUUUGCUCACUAUACUGACAAUAUUACGCAUAGAUUUAGACUUUGAUUCCUACAACCCAGUAGAUUUAUCUUGUCAAGUCUUUGCCAGUGUUAAGUAGACAUCUGAUCUCAGUUAUAUGGUUCUCGCCACAGCCUUGCUUUGUUCACAUUACACGUUAUAAAUGCUUCAAACUGUUCUUUGCACUUUUAGAAAGUAGAUUUGGGGUGGAGGCCGGUUUUCUUCUCACAUCACUUGGGUUUUGGUUAAUGCUAGAUUAACAUACACAGUUUAUUUGGUGACUAAAAGUAGAUGCAAAACGGCUAUGCUUCCUUCUUUUCCAUCCUUGCAUUUCCAUUUGGUCUGCUAAGCAAUCUAUUUUCUGAUUUAUUAUCACAGUAACAAAAUCGAUGACUGUGAGAUGUUGUAUGGGUGUUAAAUUGAGAAAGUUAGUAAAACUGAAUUUUAAUUUAAUUAAUGGAUUACAAAUCUUCAGUUUGUUUGUUAACGCAAUCAUCUGGCGCUAUGAAUAUAGUUCACUCUUCUACAGUUAAAUAAAUACUCAUUUCCAAGACAGAUGAAGACCUCAUAUUGGUAACAUUACAGUAUCUUUUGAGAAAUCAUUUCUAUUAUUUUAUGUUGGAUUAAUAUAAAGACUGGACACAAACUACGGGAAAGGUUGUGGGGUAAAUGUUGAUUAUAAUUCUAUUUUUAAAAAGCUUUUAUUUUAAUAAACUUAAAUAUGUCUGUUGUUUUUGCUGUUCUUUUCAUUACAAUUAAAAGUUUAGAGGUAAUUUUGUAAUGAGGACUUAAAAAAAUUAUUUUCUAUGGAAGCUGUUGGCAACACUAGAUACGAUUCUGUGUUGUGUUUCAAGUAUUAUUUGAGCGAGAGAGCGAUUACAAUUUUGGGGACUGUAACACUGGUACCCUCUGGUGGUACGUG